CACACCUUUGCUAUGAUCAUGUCAGUCUUGAGGCCCUUAGAGGGAGAGCCAACCGUUGAGGUUACAAAUGAAGGUGUUGAUGCUGCAGGGCAUACAAUUGGUACAUCUUUGGAGGUCGUGUUCAAACUUAGGAAGGUUCUCAACCCCAAGAGUGUGAUCAAACCAACAUCACUAGUUAAAGAUUAUUUUGAGAAUAACAUCUAUCGAAUAAAUUUCAGACGAAAGACUUUGGUAAACUCCUAUAGUUUUUGGGUAUUGAGGUAUUCCAAUCUAAAGAUGAUAAGGUAUUUGCCUGUAAAUGGUCCUUGGCUUAUCGACCAGAUGCCUAGUCGAGCGUAUGUGUCUCAGUUUUCAGCUGAUGGUAGUCUUUUUGUUGCUGGGUUCCAGGGAAAUAUCAUAAAAAUAUACAAUGUGGACAAAGGUUGGAAAGUUCAAAAGAAUAUUCUAACCAAGAGUUUGAGAUGGACAAUCACUGAUACUUCUCUUUCCCCUGAUCAACGCAGUCUUGUUUAUGCCAGCAUGUCGCCCAUUGUACACAUUGUAAAUGUUGGAUCUUCUGAAACUGAGUCACUAGCAAAUGUUACGGAGAUCCACGAUGGUUUGGAUUUUUCAUCAAAUGAUGAUGGAGGAUACUCUUUUGGAAUUUUUUCUGUGAAAUUCUCAACAGAUGGGAGGGAAUUAGUAGCAGGAACUAGUGGUGAUUCUAUACAUGUAUACGAUCUUGAAGCAAACAAGGUUUCACUUCAAAUUUUAGCACACGCGGCUGAUGUAAAUACUGUAUGUUUUGCUGAUGAAACUGGCCAUCUUAUUUACUCUGGAAGUGAUGAUAGUUUCUGCAAGGUCUGCGAUCGGCGUUGCUUAAAUGCUAAAGGCAAGCCAGCAGGGGUUUUGAUGGGGCAUCUUGAGGGCAUUACAUUUAUUGAUACCCGUGGAGAUGGACGCUAUUUCAUUUCUAACGGUAAAGAUCAGACCAUAAAACUUUGGGACUUAUGCAAAAUCUCGUCCAAUGUUACCUGAGAGUGGUUAGUACUACCAAGGUUUCAUGAUUUGCUCACUUUACUGUGACAUGUCAUCACUGUACUAAAGCUGCUUUGGGGAUAAGGAUGCUUGACCAAGUGCGUGUUAACUCAUUGCUAUCUUUAUUUGUUAUAGAUUGAUGAACUAUUUGAUGGUUUUGUUUUAUUUCCCAACAUUAUUUUGAAUCCAUUAUUAACA